CGGCGGCGGGCGCGGAGUGCGGGGGGCUGAAAACCCACGGGUUAUAUAGUCUGCUUGAACGCCGAUAGAACCAGUUUCGUUUAGUAAGCAAACACAGUAAGACCUCCACAGAGGACAGAUAGCAGCAACACCCGGCCUAGGCCAAUAUGGAUAUGUUAAAUAUAAAACCGUUAAGUGAGGAUUGGGAGUGGUCGCAACAAGCCGGGCUCGGCGCGCCGACCACUGGAGCCGCUGAGGACCAGGGCUCCGCCAUGGCGUCCACCUCGAGCGAGGAGCGCGCGCUGCGCCGCGUGGUGGGCCGCUGGGGGCCUGAGUGGUUGAGCUGACUCGGCUCUGGCAGCAAGCCCGCGGGCCAGCCCUGGCCCGGCCACCACCCCCUGCCGCCGCCGCGCUGGGGGGCGCCCCGCCCCGCCCUCGCCCUGUCCCUACACCAGUACGAGGACUUGGUCGCUCGGGCGGAGGCCAUUCUGAGCCGUCUCGUCGUCUCAGAAAACUAUGAUUCGGUCAACAACUUCGUGUCUCUAUACGACGCCUACAUGGCGUCUCCGGACCAGACUUUGGAGGAGUUCUUCCCGAAGUACAAUCCCCCGAUCAGGGCUCAUAAGCACACAUGUGUGGGGCUCGGCAUGGAGGUGAUGAAGCGUCUGAGGGUCCUGGAGCAGGACUUCCCGGGACUCAGCCGCGCCAUGAUGCUCGUCUCCUGUGACGAGAACAUCGAGGACCUGGCGGACUACGCGUCGCUGCCGCCGCAAGCCUUCCUCAUCGAGACGGAGAAGGACCACGUGAUGCUCGCCAUCAAUGUCCGGAUCGAAGGACGCAGCGGCGUGUUCCUGUCCGACCUGGGCUACCACGUGGCGCGCGUCGUCACCGCCAUGGCAGACCGCUGCUACCCGCAUACCGGCUGGUUCACGCAGUCGGACGAGCCCCACUGCCGCAAGGAGUUCAACUACCAGGUGACGCUGCAGAGCCCCGGCUACGUGGAGUGGCACGAGAGGGAGACGCGCGGGGCGGCGGUCAAGGAGCGCCUGUCGCUGAUCUACGUCGCCAAGCCGUACCUGUCAGCUGUCGAUGUCACUGAGAAGAGGAACCUUGUGUGGGAUUUGAGGAGUCUGCUAGCCAGGAACGCCAAGGGGCACCUGACGGCCGGGAUAUACUUCCCGGUGAAGCCCCGCGACCAGCAGUUCACCAUGUUCUUCAGCAGUAAUUCUGGGAAGCAGCGGAAGAAGCUCAAGUUCGAGACCUUCUUGGAAUUGCAGAAGAUCCCUGAUGAGGUGGUGGAUGAAGUGGAACAAUGCAACGACCAGCUCAAGCUGCGCGAUGGAGAGCUUCUGUCCACCUUGAAGAAACUGGCGACCAUCAUGGCAGACCAAGAGUAUAUGGAGGAAAUACUGGCCAUCAACGCCAAGGUCGUCGAACUCUCCAUGGCUGGCCAGUAAGAAAAAGAAGAAAACACGUUUGAAAGCUUUUGCGCGCUAACUUCGGAAGAAUGUUUUUAGUUUGUCUAUGGUUUAAUAUCUUUAGGAAAUAGUUUUUUUUAAACUUUCACUUGUUGGACAUUCAUUUCAUUUGUAGAAGUUAAGUUAAGAACUGGGUUCACAAACGUUAAUUUUAAAAAAUAUUGGAAAAUGUAUAGCCUUAUUGUAUACUUGAAUUCAGUAAUACUUAUUUAGUAAAGCUUUUAGUUUUAAGUAAGUAUUACUGAAAUCAAACUUACGUACCUAAUUACUUAGGUGUAAGGUACUUAAAUUUGGAAUGACUAUCUUUUAUUCAUAAAUAUUAUACUUUAUUCAUUGAACUAAAUACCUUUAUGACUUGUUUAGCUUGGUUAUUAUCUCUUUAGUUUAUUAUGGGUUCACCCAAUAUACAUAUUAUUAUAAUAAUGUUUUUUCUGAUUCUUAUAUUAAUUAUAGCAAUUACUUAUAGAAGCUUUUAGUUUUUUGUCAAUAUUGGAUAGUGAAACACUUUACGAAUGUAAAACUAUAUCUGAGACACGACGAGACGAUAGCUCCUUGUAGAGGGAAUUAAUAAAUUUAUUAAAUGUA